GCCAUUUGUUUGGCCACUCCUCUCGUGUGAUUGCUCACCUGUGACUCCCUGCCAAAUUCCCCAAAAACUAUUAUAUGCCACUGUGGAGACAUGUGUGACACAUUUUGGAGAUAAACUUUCUUAAGAAAGGUAUAAUUAAGUGCUGUGAUACUCAGGGCUGUGCUUUAUUGUUGUCUUGCAGGGCUGCAGUUGCUUGAUAUUCUGCCAAAGUUAAGGGAACAGGAGGAUGGAGACUUGAUUAUUCAGUGUGAGGCUUUUGAAGAGGCAAUGGCUGAAGAUGAGGAGGAGCUGUUGCGGAUCUAUGGUGGCAUUGACAUGAGUGAUCACCUGGAGGUUUUCACUACACUCUUUAACAAGGUGAGCAGCUCUCCAGCCUCUCUCCAGCUGCUGUCCAUCCUGCAGACGCUGUUGAUGCUGGGGCCGGGCCGCUCUGAUAUCUGGCUGGCUCUGGAGUCCAUCACUAACAGAGCCAUACUGCUGGCCCAGGACUCUCAGAUGGAGUCCAAUGAGAGGAUCAUGCAGCGGCUGAUGUUCUCCAAACGCAAGAGCUAUGAAGGUCAUCAUGAAGUUGACGGGCAGCUUGUGAAAGUGGAUAAGGCCGUGCAGACUGAUUUGGAUCAUCAGGACAAAGACAUAACAUCCUCUCAGAAGCCACUGUGUGCCUCUGUUCCACCUCCACCCCCACCUCCUCCUCUACCCCCUAGUAUGACUUCUAAGCAGUGCCCACCUCCACCCCCACCACCUCCUCCUCCACCGCUACCUGGAGGGUUUGGGGGACCUCCACCACCACCUCCCCUGCCUGGAAUACCACCACCACCACCACCUCCACCGCCACUGCCCGGCGGUCCAGGCAUUCCUCCCCCACCCCCUCCGCCACCCCUACCAGGGAUGGGUGGCGGACCACCGCCACCACCUCCCUUACCUGGCAUGCCACCUCCACCUCCACCUCCCCCAGGCAUGAUAGUGGCUCAGAGUAGCCAGGCCCUGGGGUGUGCUGCACCUGUAAAAGCACACCGAUGCCCCACCCUGAGGAUGAAAAAGCUCAACUGGCAAAAACUCCGCACAGUUACUGAUGGUCACUCCAUGUGGGCCUCAGUUCAGAAAGAGCCUCCUCCUCGGGAGCCGGACUACAGCAGUAUCGAGCAGCUGUUCUGUCUCCCGGUGACCGAGCACAAAGACAAGGGGGCAGCUGCUCCUGUCAAGAAGGAGCCUAAAGAGAUUACAUUCAUUGAUCCAAAGAAAAACUUGAAUUUGAACAUAUUCCUAAAGCAAUUCAAGUGCAAAAAUGAGGAGUUUGUAGCCAUGAUUCAGAAUGGGGACCGUAGUAAAUUUGAUGUUGAGGUGCUAAAACAGCUCCUUAAGCUCCUACCAGAGAAGCAUGAGAUAGAAAAUUUGAAGUCCUUCCAAGGAGAAAAAGACAAGUUGGCAAAUGUUGACCGCUUCUACACCUCCCUUCUCACUGUGCCAUGUUAUCAGUUGAGGAUCGAGUGCAUGUUGUUGUGCGAGGAGACUUCAUCAGUGUUGGAAAUGCUCAAACCUAAAGUCAAGCUAGUGGAGGAGGCCUGCCAGUCUCUCAGAACAAGCACGCUCAUGCCCAGUUUCUGCAGGCUCAUCCUUGACGUAGGGAAUUUUCUCAACUAUGGAAGUCACACAGGGAACGCCGAGGGGUUCAAGAUCAGCUCUCUGCUCAAGCUUACGGAGACUAAGGCCAACAAGAGCCGCAUCACGCUGCUUCAUCACAUCCUGGAGGAAGCAGAGGCAAACCACCCGGAGCUGUUGGCGCUGCCAGAUGAUAUAGAAGUCUGUCAAAAAGCUGCAGGAGUUAAUCUGGACUCUGUUCAGUCAGAAGCCAGUGCCUUACUGAAACGACUGAAUGACACGGCCAAAAAGGUCUCCAACUCUGUCGAAGAGGUGAAGGAGCAAUACGCGCAAGUUCUUGAGGAAAAUCUGAAGGCAUGUCAGGCAUUAAGUGAAAGGUUUACUGCGAUUGAGAAGAAGAAGAGCGAGCUGGCUGUCUACUUAUGUGAAGACUCCAAUCAGCUGUCGCUCGAGGACCUCUUCGGAACCAUCAGGACUUUCCGAGAACUUUUCAUCAGGGCGCUGAAGGAAAACAAAACCAGAAGAGAGCAGGCUGCCAAGGCUGAGAAGAGGAAGAAGCAGCUGGCAGAAGAGGAGUCCAAGAGACAGAAGGGAGAGAAUGGAAAAAUUAUCAAGAAAGGCUUUGUGCCACAGAACGAUGGCUGCAUCAUCGACCACCUCCUGGCGGAUAUCAGGAAAGGUUUCAGCCUAAGAAAGACCAGGCCAAGGUGCGAUUCGGAAAGCCUCCCUUCUAGUGAAAAGCAUAGGGAUACCUGCCCAUCUGAAUCAAGUGUCAAGCCUGUAGACGAAGGAGCCGCAGAAUUAGCCACCAUAUCCGCUCCCACCAAACCCCAGAAAGAGGGUCACCAGGCCAGCACAGGCGAAAUGAACGGCUUCAUCAGUCCAUCAGAAGAGACUCCGCCAGCUCCUCAGAGUUUGGUGCAAGACGGACCAGCUGCACCUCCUCCCAAAGCCCCCACAGGAGAACCAGCCAUGACCAUCCAGACACCCCUGGAAAGACCUACGUCACUGCCAGAGGGGCAACACCCACAGAAACCAGCAGUGCCGCCACUAGAUUUGACACAACCUCAGCCUCAUGUUGAAGCAGAACAUCAGCCAUGUCUCUCCACAAAUGGCUUUUCAGUGGAUUCCACCGAGACUAGUGUCUUCAGCCCAUCUUCCCUCUCAGAUACCGACCUGCUAGAGGCUGUGUCAGAGUGUACUCCCAGCCUGGCAUCUGAGGGGGUGACACCUGUGGAGCCAGCGGACAUUAGUGUGAAUGUCCAGAUCAAAGAAUGCCCUUUACCUAAUACAGACAAUGUGACACAGAGUAGUGAAAGCAAUACAACGGGAGAAGGGAAAGGUGAAACUAGCAAUAAAAAAAGCCAUUUAGCAGAGACUGCAGGACAAGAACGGAAAUGCAUUAUUGUAAAAACGUACGUGACCACAGUCAGGGAGGGCAGCAAGGGGUGCGACGUUCCAGAUGGACUGGAAUCAGAUGAUCUGCCAUCGGUGUCUGAAGCAGUGCCUCCAUCCCUUAAGCCUGAACCAAAGAAACACAGCCUCUUUAAAAGAAGCAAAAAGAAGAGUAACCAAGGUAAUCUUUUCAUCAACUUAAAUAAAGCACAUGCUUGGAAUGCUAGUCUUUUGACUUGUCUAAAAGGGAGAUCUUUAUUUGCUUUGUUUUUAUUGCAUUUAACAUUUUAUAUUUUAUGUAUGGGCUAUUUUAGUGUAUGUUCAUAAGUAUUUUUAUUAUUAGCAUGACAGCAUGCGUUUUAUUAAAGAGUAUGGAUGCAGUGUGCAGCAUUUGAUUUGCAGAUUUAAUAUUGAAUGGAUUUGAAUCUAUGGACAGUUUUGUUUGAAUGCUCUGUUUUCCGUUCUGACUCUCUGAAA